AGAUAAGAGCUUACGUAGCUUGUUUGUGCCGCAUUCAAUACUGAAUAUAAUUUGAUCAAAGUUACAUUAAAAUAAUAGUGCUCAAAAAUGGAAGUGGAUCCACCUAAGGAACUUUUAAAGCCAUUAGAGAUCCCCAACAAAAUUUUAAUGGGACCUGGACCGAGUAAUUGUUCGCAAAGAGUUUUACGAUCACUGGGGAAUCAGGUGAUAGGCCAUCUUCAUCCAGAAAUGUUUAAGUUAAUGGACGACAUCAAGGCUGGGAUUCAAUACGCAUUUCAAACGAAAAACAAGUUAACUUUGGCACUGAGUACAGCGGCUCACGGUGGUAUGGAAGCAUGCUUGGGAAAUUUAAUCGAGCCAGGAGAAACAGUGUUGAUUGCUAAAUGUGGAAUUUGGGGUGAACGUGCUGCCAAUAUGGCAAAUCGUAUUGGUGCACGUAUUGAAUUCCUGACGACCGAAUACGGAAUUGGUUUCGAUCUCGACAUUUUAGAAUCUUUUUUGAAAAGAUUCAAGCCCGCCGCAGUUUUCGUAGUACAAGCUGAAUCUUCGACUGGUAUGAAACAACCAUUGGAAGGUGUAGGAAAUCUCGUUCAUCGGUACAAUUCGUUGUUAAUCGUCGAUUGUGUGGCGUCGUUAGGAGCCGAGCAAUUAUUCGUAGACGCUUGGAAGAUCGAUGCUGUUUAUGCGUGCAGUCAAAAAGUUCUUGGUGCUCCGGCAGGUAUAACGCCGAUAUCGUUCAGUCCAUUAGCAGUUGAAAAGAUCUUCAAUAGGCGUACAAAUGUUUCAACAUAUUAUUGGGACAUGAAGAUAUUAGGUGAUUAUUGGAAUUGUUUUGGCAAUCCAAGGAUUUAUCAUCACACGAUUAGUGCCACACUUAUUUACGGAUUACGCGAAGCUUUGGCCGAAUUAACGGAGGAAGGUUUACGCGCUCGUUGGUCCAGACACGCAUCCGUGGCUAUCAAAUUGCGCGAGGAACUUCUGAAACGUGGAUUUCGACUUUACGUGAAAAAUCCGAAAUAUCAGUUAUCUACGAUCGUAUCUAUCGAGAUACCAAAUGGUAUCGAUGUUAAAAUGUUAUCUGCUAGAGCUAUGGAAAGAUAUGGCGUUGAGAUCAGCGGCGGACUUGGCCCAACUGUUGGCAAAAUUUUACGAAUUGGUUUGAUGGGAAACAAUUCUACGUACCGUCACGUCGAUCUUCUACUUGAUGCUCUAGACGAUGCGCUCAAAUUCUCUACAAAAUCGAAAAUGUAACUUUUAGUUGUUUGUUUAUUCGUGCGUAUAUCCGUACAGGAGCUUCGCCAUGACCGAUUGAAAAUAUACUUUCGUUAUUUCCGAGUUUGAUUAAGUAAAAAAAAAAAAAAAAAGAA